GAAAGAUGGCCGUUGCUUUGAGCGUGUCUGAGGUGACAGAGGCUCUGCAAAUACUGAUCACCCCGAGAGAGCCUGGAUCUGCUGCUCAGGAUACCGAUAAACAGGCUGCCUUAAUCAGCACAUUGCAGCAUAAUGUGGCCUCUCUGGAGGAGGAGCUUCAAAACGCCCCUACGUUGGAGAACCUUCAAACUUUGCGGGCAAAGGUCUUCGCGGACACCAAGCUUAUACAGGAAGGCUCCGAAGCCGGAGCAGAUCCAUCAUGGAGGUUCACGUCAGAGGCCCUGGUGCUGCUCCUGUGUCUGAAGGAGUGUAUGGUUCAGUUGGCAGCUUCUUUCAUACCCCCUAAACCCAACCUAAAGACCCCAGAGGCUGCUCCAGCCCUGAGCCCAGAUGCACUCAGCAUUGCCCAGCAGAAGACUGUCCACUCAGCACUCCAGUUUGUGGUUUCUUUGGGAAUCUGCCCCUAUCUCCUGCCUGGCAUCGGCCUUCCACUGCAGCAUCGCUCAGAAUUUGGAGCCCUUGUGUGUUCCAUGGUGUCAUGUGACUUGUCUGACGUCCGCACCCGUAGGCUGUACAUCACCUGCACUGCCUUACUGGAGCUGUCUCGGCAUCCAUCACUGGGGAGCCUGCUCUUUACGCAGCAUCUGGGGGAUCUCAUGGCAGGACUAUGCCAGUUGGGUUAUUGCCCAAUCAAGACAAAGGCAGAGCCGGGAACAGAUGGCAGAGUGCAGAAUUUGACGGAGAGCGAGAGGGUCCAAUGUAAGGAGGCUCUCAGAGGUCUGAUGGAUCAACUGUACCAGCCGCUUGUUAUCAGGGAACUCUUAAUCCUGCAAGGAGGACCCAGACAGGGCCCACGUCCUUUAGGAGCUUCGUCCUCAGCGCAAAGGGCCCCGGCUCCUACCUGGCUGCGCCGCUUGUCUGGGCAGCUGCUGUCUGAGCGAUUAAUGAAACCAAAAGGUGUCCAGGCCGUGGUUCGCGGGAUCCUUGAAGGAGCUGGAGUUGGUACCGCUGGGGGAAGAGAUGCAGAAGCUGCCGCCAGCAACUGGAAGAAGUGUGACGCUGUGGCCAAGAUCCUGGCGUCAUGUCCUCAGCAAUCGCUGACCGUGGAGGAGUAUUACCAGAAGGUCUGCCCACAGAUCCUGGAUUUGCUGCACAUCCAGAACAAACUGACAGCACGUCAGUUUCAGAGAGUGGCCACCGAAACAUUCCUGAAGAUGGGGCACGAUCAGCCAGAGCUGGCAGAGAAGCUUCUAAUUAAGCCAAUGCUGGAGCCUCUGCUGCGCUGCACUGCGUUACAGGCUGAAAAGUCUUUAGCCUCAGAAGAGACUUUUGUGUCAGAAUUAGAACUGUCUCGAUGUGUCGAGGACAUUGUUAAGGUGUUUGUAGUUGGUAACGAUGCGGCACCAUCCAUACUGAACUACUGCAAACAGGUCCUUUCCAUUGUCUUCUCCUUGUAUUGUUUUGCUCGGCAGAAUGUCUCUCACUUACGGUCACCAAGCCAGGAUAUCCUCCUGUGGUACCUCGAGAAAUCAGACAGAUAUUCUGCGGUAUCUGCACUGGCAGGGUUGAGUGGCCUGGAGGAAUGGGUCCCUUUCUUGCCUCCCUUUUGCCACAUCCAACCUGGGAGCCUUGGUGGAGCGAUCAUCACUGUUCAAGAACAGAAAAGAAGUGGAGAUGAUGAUGAUGUUCUAUAUGAGAAGGUGUCCCUGGAUCACUGGAGGGUACAGUGUUUAGUGGAUUUACUGUCUGUGAAUCCUCACACCGGACUGGCGGCAGACUUCUUCUUGUAUUGCCUAAAGAAGCUGACCCCCAUAACAUCAGUAGAAGAAGGUGAAGAGCUCAGACCUAGCUCAGGUGACAGCUUGCUUGACAUUGAGCAGAAGCUGACACUUCGCUACCAGACGCAGGAACAAUACCUUCAGCUCCUGCAGAUUCUCUCUGUGCUGUGUGAAAAGAUCUCCGACUCCAUCUUCACAGAUGUCAAGCAGGUGGUCGAAUUCGUGUUGAUGACUCUUGAGCGGGCUUGUUCAAGCCUUGCCACCUCAGAGGGAGUUACAGUGGCAACACAGACACUUAGCAUGGCCAUGGGACUGGUAGCUGCCAUGCUGGGAGCAGUGGAGUUGACCUCCUCAGAUUUCACUCAUCUAAAGCGUUUACUUCCAGUGCUGGAAAACUUGUCCCGCUCCCACCCUGAGCCAGUUAUUCAGGAGCUGGCAAGUGACCUACGUGUUACAAUUGCCACACACUGUGCGGUCCCGCUCACACAUGGAGCCUAUGCCGGCCAGGAUGCAGACAACAUGGAAGGGAAACAGCAGAAGCCCACCAAAGAUCACGUGACCUCUGACACGCUGGAUAUUCAGGAGCUGCUGAAGUCUGCAACAGACAACAUUGUCCCCACAAGGGCGGCAGCCUUGCGUACUCUCACUCGACUCCUGGAGCUGAGACAUCCGAAAGUGAUAGAGCACAGGGAGCAGGUGAUGCAGUUGUUCUUGUAUAACCUGGAACAAGAAGACUCCUUUGUGUACCUGUCAGCAAUUCAAGGUGUUGCUGUGCUUUCCGGGGACGUUCCUGAUCGUAUCUUACCUAUCCUCCUGGCACAGUACGGCAAUGCUGGAUCAUCAAAGAACAAGACGCUGUCUUCUGAGACCCGGAUGAAGGUGGGGGAGGCACUCAUGAGGUGCACUAGAAUGUUGGGAGACAUGAUCAUCCCCCACAAGGAUGCCUUAUUUCAUGCUUUCCUGAGGGGAUCCCGGGAUUCAGACAGUUCCCUGAGGGCCAGCAGCCUUUCUAAUCUGGGUGAGCUGUGCAAGCAGCUCCAGUUUUCUCUGGGCUCCGUUGUCUAUGAGGUGAGCUCCUGUUUAUCAGCGCUGGUACGUACUGAUCCAGAGGCUGAGGUGCGCAGGGCUGCUAUUCAUGUGGUGGUGCUACUUCUUAGAGGACUAAGCUCACGGGCCACAGAGGUGUUACGUGACGUUCUCCUGGAGCUGUACCGCCUGCUGAAGUUUGUGGUCCAGUGCGAGGCGGACUCGGUGUGUGUUCUUCAUGCCCAGCUAGGCCUGGAGGAACUGGACUCCAUCAUGAGAGCUCAUCUAUUCCCACCGCAGAAGCUGGAGAAGAAGAUUGUGGUUUUACCGUAA